GUUCCGCCUCUAGUUUGGUGUCUGCCCACUUUGAAGGUGAUGAGUGAUGGGACGGACGGGAUGGAUGACUGGGCCGGAUGAGUAGAGAGAAUGGAUGCGGAUGCGGAUGCUCUCGUCUUGUCACUACUCACUUGUCUUUCAACUGAAAUGUGACAUCUUUGCCUCUCCGGCCGCUUGGUUCAGCCCAUACUACCUUGCUCGUCAUCCGUCUUUGUUCACAGUGCCUAUCACUUCCACCUUGAUACAUUCCCCUGUCGCCUCACGUCCCUUAGCCCAGCAUUCUUUUUCCUCUUCGUCUCUUUUCUUCCAAACUACUUCAACCUCGUCUAUCUCCCACCAUGGCUAAGCCGUGGGUCUCGUCGCACGCUCACACCCAGCCCAACCGUCAAGCCACCAAGGAAAAGGACCAACCCGCUGACUCUACCUCCAAGAACCGCAACUCCGUCCGCUUCAGCACCUACAGCAUGGCUCCUUCGCUGUCUCCCACCGUCGGAACAACCGACUCUGCUCACGCCGAGAUCCGCGACAUCGCUACCGGCCUCGACCGCAUGGAGAACAAGGCUCUCUCCUCCCAGCGCGUCACCCUAACCGACGAGAAGACAGACACCAUGAGCAAACUCGCCCUCGGUGCUAAGCUCGAGCGUGCUCUCGACCGAAGAAUGAGCGGCCAAGACGCUGUCAUGCGACCUCGUGGCCAGAGCCUCAACGAGAAGCUCAGCGAAAAGGAGUAGACCCAGAAAAAAGAAGAAGAAACAACCCCCCAAAUCCAACAAACAAAGCAAAUGUCUUGCGAAUAAGAUACCCCCACGCAAACGAGAAUUCUUCUUUUAUUUUUAUCGAUAUAAAUUAUCUUGUCUUUCCGGUCUUGAUUUCCUCAGCAACGCCUUGGUUCUAUCACUUUUUUCGCAAAGUAAUGAAACACUGCGCCAUGAUCAA